AUGUCUUCUUCAGAUGAAGAAACACUCAGCGAGCGGUCAUGCCGGAGUGAGCGAUCAUGUCGGAGUGAGCGGUCUUACAGGAGUGAGCGGUCAGGGAGCCUGUCUCCCUGUCCCCCAGGGGAUACCUUACCCUGGAAUCUGCCACUGCAUGAGCAGAAAAAACGGAAAAGCCAGGACUCAGUGCUGGACCCUGCGGAGCGUGCUGUGGUCAGAGUCGCUGAUGAACGGGACCGAGUGCAGAAGAAGACAUUCACCAAGUGGGUCAACAAGCACCUGAUGAAGGUCCGCAAGCACAUAAAUGACCUUUAUGAAGAUCUACGGGAUGGCCAUAACCUGAUCUCUCUGCUGGAGGUCCUCUCAGGCAUCAAACUGCCCCGGGAGAAGGGCAGGAUGCGUUUUCACAGGCUGCAGAAUGUUCAGAUUGCCCUGGACUUCCUAAAGCAGCGACAGGUGAAACUAGUGAAUAUUCGCAACGAUGACAUCACAGAUGGCAACCCCAAGCUGACGCUUGGCCUGAUCUGGACCAUCAUCUUGCACUUCCAGAUCUCUGACAUCUACAUUAGUGGAGAAUCAGGGGACAUGUCAGCUAAGGAGAAACUGCUCCUGUGGACCCAGAAGGUGACAGCUGGUUACACAGGAAUCAAAUGCACCAACUUUUCCUCCUGCUGGAGUGAUGGGAAGAUGUUCAAUGCACUUAUUCACCGAUACAGACCUGAUCUGGUAGAUAUGGAGAGGGUACAGAUCCAGAGCAAUCGAGAGAAUCUGGAACAGGCAUUCGAAGUAGCGGAAAGACUAGGGGUUACCCGGUUACUGGAUGCAGAAGAUGUGGAUGUGCCAUCUCCAGACGAGAAGUCUGUAAUCACUUAUGUGUCUUCAAUUUAUGAUGCCUUCCCUAAAGUCCCGGAGGGUGGAGAAGGGAUCAGUGCUACGGAAGUGGACGCCAGGUGGCAAGAGUACCAAAGCCGAGUGGACUCCCUCAUUCCCUGGAUCAAACAGCACACAAUUCUGAUGUCAGAUAAAUCCUUUCCCCAGAACCCUGUUGAACUAAAGGCACUUUAUAAUCAAUACAUACACUUCAAAGAAACAGAAAUUCUGGCCAAGGAGCGAGAAAAAGGAAGAAUUGAGGAAUUAUAUAAAUUAUUAGAGGUAUGGAUUGAAUUUGGCCGAAUUAAACUGCCUCAAGGUUAUCACCCAAAUGAUGUGGAAGAAGAGUGGGGAAAACUCAUCAUUGAGAUGCUGGAGCGAGAGAAAUCACUUCGGCCAGCUGUAGAGAGGCUGGAAUUGCUGCUACAGAUUGCAAACAAAAUCCAGAAUGGUGCUCUGAGCUGUGAAGAAAAACUGACACUAGCUAAAAAUACACUGCAGGCUGAUGCUGCUCACCUGGAGUCGGGGCAGCCAGUGCAGUGUGAGUCAGAUGUCAUCAUGUACAUUCAGGAGUGUGAAGGUCUCAUCAGACAGCUGCAGGUGGAUCUUCAAAUCCUACGAGAUGAGAACUACUACCAGCUAGAAGAGCUGGCUUUUAGGGUCAUGCGUCUGCAGGACGAGCUGGUCACGCUGCGUCUGGAGUGCACGAACUUGUACCGGAAGGGCCACUUCACGGCCCUUGAGUUGGUUCCACCCUCCACUUUAACCACUACUCAUCUGAAGGCAGAACCCUUGACCAAAGGAACCCAUUCUUCUUCUACCUCCUGGUUCCGAAAGCCCAUGACUCGGGCUGAACUUGUGUCUAUCUCCUCCUCUGAAGAUGAAGGAAACCUUCGAUUUGUGUAUGAACUACUGUCUUGGGUGGAAGAAAUGCAGAUGAAAUUGGAGCGAGCAGAGUGGGGCAAUGACCUGCCUAGUGUAGAGCUGCAGCUGGAAACACAGCAGCACAUCCAUGCCAGUGUGGAAGAACUGGGCUCAAGUGUCAAGGAGGCCAGGCUCUAUGAGGGAAAAAUGUCCCAAAAUUUCCAUACCAGUUAUGUUGAAACUCUUGGAAAGCUGGAGACACAGUAUUGUAAAUUGAAGGAAACUUCUAGCUUCCGGAUGAGGCACCUUCAGAGCCUACAUAAAUUUGUCUCGAGAGCUACAGCUGAGUUGAUCUGGUUGAAUGAGAAGGAGGAGGAGGAACUAGCAUAUGACUGGAGUGACAACAAUCCCAAUAUCUCAGCCAAGAAAAAUUACUUCUCUGAGCUGACAAUGGAACUAGAGGAGAAACAGGACGUGUUUCGGUCUCUACAAGAUACAGCCGAGCUACUGUCCCUUGAGAACCACCCCGCCAAGCAGACUGUGGAGGCUUACAGCGCCGCUGUCCAGUCCCAGCUGCAGUGGAUGAAGCAGCUGUGCUUGUGUGUUGAGCAGCACGUGAAAGAGAAUACUGCUUAUUUUCAGUUCUUCAGUGAUGCUCGAGACCUGGAGUCAUUCUUGAAGAACCUCCAAGAUUCCAUCAAACGGAAGUAUUCCUGCGACCACAGCACCAGCUUAUCCCGCCUGGAGGACCUGCUGCAGGACUCCAUGGAUGAAAAGGAGCAGCUUAUACAAUCCAAGAGUUCCGUUGCCAGUCUUGUUGGGAGAUCAAAAUCCAUUGUUCAGCUAAAGCCACGCAGUCCUGACCACGUGCUAAAGAGCACCAUUUCCGUGAAGGCCAUCUGUGACUACAGGCAGAUCGAGAUCACUAUUUGCAAGAAUGAUGAGUGUGUAUUGGAAGAUAACUCACAGAGGACCAAGUGGAAAGUGAUCAGCCCCACAGGGAACGAGGCAAUGGUGCCGUCAGUCUGCUUCCUCAUCCCCCCACCCAAUAAGGAUGCCAUGGAGACGGCCAGCAGGGUGGAGCAAUCUUAUCAGAAGGUGAUGGCCCUUUGGCAUCAACUACAUGUCAAUACCAAAAGCCUUAUCUCCUGGAACUAUCUGAGGAAGGACCUUGACCUUGUAAAGACCUGGAAUCUGGAAAAGCUCCGCUCCUCAGCACCUGGGGAGUACCACCAGGUUAUGAAGAAUCUGCAGGCCCACUACGAAGACUUUCUGCAGGAGAGUCGUGAUUCGGCCCUCUUCUCAGUGGCUGACCGUCUUCGCUUGGAAGAGGAGGUGGAGGCGUGUAAAACCCAUUUCCAGCACCUGAUGAAGUCCAUGGAGAAUGAGGACAAAGAGGAAACUGUGGCCAAGAUGUACAUUUCAGAGCUGAAGAACAUUCGUCUGCGCCUAGAGGAGUGUGAACAGAGGCUAAUCCAGCGAAUUCAGUCACCUGCCAGCUCUAGGACUGACAAAGAUGCUCGGCAAGACAAUGCAUUAAGGAUCGCAGAACAAGAGCACACCCAAGAGGAUCUGCAGCAAUUGAGGGCAGACUUGGAUGCUGUUUCCAUGAAAUGCAACAGCUUUCUCCAUCAGUCCCCAUCUGGUUCCAGUGUCCCAACUCUGCGCUCAGAACUCAAUCUGCUGGUGGAAAAAAUGGACCAUGUGUAUGGUCUCUCCACUGUCUAUUUAAACAAGCUGAAGACAAUCGAUGGAAUAGUGCGUGGCAUCCAGGACGCUGAGCUCUUGGUCAAGGGCUACGAAGUCAAGCUGAGUCAAGAAGCGGCGGUGCCAGCGGACCCCUCAGCUCUGGAGUCCCGUCGGUCCACGCUGCGGCACUGGCUUAGUGAUGCGAAGGACAAGAAUUCCAUGUUUUCAGUCCUGGAUGAGGAAAUUGGCAAGGCCAAGGUUGUGGCAGAGCAGCUGAGCCGUCUGACUCCAGAGCGAAACCUGGAUUUGGAGCGCUGUCAGGAAAAAGGUUCCCAGCUACAGGACCGUUGGCACCGGGUCAUUGCCCAGCUUGAGACCCGCCAAUCUGAGCUAGAAAGUAUCCAGGAAGUCCUGGGAGAUUACCGAGCCUGCCAUGGAACUCUCAUCAAAUGGAUUGAGGAAACCACUGCCCAGCAGGAAAUGAUGAAGCCAGGCCAGGCUGAGGACAGCAGAGUACUCUCCGAGCAGCUCAGCCAGCAGACGGAGCUGUUUGCAGAAAUUGAGAGAAAUCAGACAAAACUGGACCAGUGUCAAAAAUUUUCCCAGCAAUACUCCACCACUGUAAAGGACUAUGAGUUACAGCUGAUGACCUACAAGGCCUUUGUGGAAUCGCAGCAGAAAUCCCCGGGCAAGCGCCGUCGCAUGCUCUCCUCUUCAGAUGCCAUCACGCAAGAGUUCAUGGACUUAAGGACUCGCUACACAGCAUUGGUAACCUUAACAACUCAGCAUGUAAAAUACAUCAGUGAUGCGCUCCGGCGGCUGGAGGAGGAGGAGAAAGUGGUAGAGGAGGAAAAACAGGAGCAUGUGGAGAUGGUUAAAGAACUUUUGGGCUGGGUAUCUACCCUAGCAAAGAAUACACAAAGCAAAGCUACCUCACCCCAGACCAAAGAAUCAACAGACUUUGAAAAGGCUAUCUUAGAACAACAGGUUCUAACAGAGGAGCUGACAACCAAGAGGGAGCAAGUCUCUGAGGCCAUUAAAACUUCACAGAUCUUCUUGGCCAAGCACGGUCAUAAGCUCUCAGAAAAAGAGAAAGAACAGAUAUCUGAGCAAUUGAAUGCCCUCAGUAAGACUUACCAUGACCUUUGUGAAGGUUCAGCAAACCAGCUUCAGCAACUCCAGAGCCAGCUGGCCCAGCAGACAGAACAAAAGGGCCGCAGAGCAGUGGCUGGGGUGAUUGACCUAGGCACAGUGGAGAUAUUUCCCAUCUUCAGAGCAAUGCAAAAGGGCCUCAUUGACCAAGACACAGGCCUGGUGCUUCUGGAAUCCCAGGUUAUCCUGUCUGGCCUCAUUGCCCCUGAGACCUGUGAAAAGCUGUCUUUGGAGGAGGGCCUAGCCAGAAACCUCAUUAAUCCCCAGAUGUACCAGCAGCUCCAAGAGCUACAGGAUGCCCUGUCCUUAAUCAGCAGGCUCACUGAAAACAAAGGCCCUCUUUCUGUGGUGGAAGCAAUUGAAAAGAAAAUAAUCAGUGAGAAAGUUGGACUGAAAAUCUUAGAAGCUCACCUGGCAACUGGAGGUUUCAGUCUCCCCAAUGAUGAGAACUGUAUUAACCUAGAGGAGGCUUUUCACCAAGGCCUCAUUUCUGCAUGGCUUCACUCAGGGUUAGAGUCCCACUUGAGAUCAUCCAAGAACUUGAUAGACCCAAACACAGCUGAGAAAAUAGAUUUACUGGAUCUGAUGCAGAGAUGUAUUGUCCACCAGGAAUCAGGAUUGAAAUUGCUGCCUGUCAAGCAGUUGGCAGGGGGAAUGGUGAGCUUGAAAUCAGGCCGGAAAGUUAGCAUUUUCCGUGCAGUUCAGGAAGGGCUGAUAGAUAGGCAGGUUACUGUCCGGCUGCUGGAAGCUCAGCUUUUUGCUGGAGGCAUAGUAGAUCCAAGAACAGGACACAGACUUACAGUGGGAGAGGCUGUGAGACAUAAUUUGAUUGACCAAGAUAUGGCCUGUGCUCUCCUCAUAAGGCAGCUUCAGACAGGAGGGAUCAUAGAUACUGUCACUGGGCAUAGGCUGACAGUGGAUGAAGCAGUGAGCCAUGAUCUGGUAACUGCUAAGAUUGCCCUUGUGAUUCUGGAGUCCCUUUGGUCAUUCAUGGGGUUGCUAUGGCCUGAGUCUGGAGAGAUUCUCCCAAUCACAGAUGCCCUGGAACAAGGUAUUGUGUCUACAGAACUAGCUCAUAAAAUCCUUAGUGACCGACAGCAUAUUAAAGCCGUAUUUCUACCAGCAACGACAGAGGUUUGGUCCUGGGAAAAAGCAAUUGAAAAUGGUAUGCUAGACAAAAGUCUUGCUAAUAACUUGAAAUCAGUUUGCAUCCCCGAUGUGAUGCCCCACAUGCAAUUAGCAGACUCUUUAGAACGAGGCAAGUUGAACACAAAUCCUGGAGAGGCAGGUGUGCUGCGCCACACAGGCCAAACCGAGGGUGCUGCAAGCCAUAAGGAGAAGCUGCUGUUUCAGCUGAUGACUCACAGCUACAUUAACGCGAGGGAUGGGCAGAGGCUGCUCCUGUUGGACAGUGAGCUGACGGAGGCACUGACAGCAAGAGGUGAUCAAGCAGGUCCUCCAGAAGUGUUUGGAAGUGGGCAUCAGAGGCUAGAAGCUGCUGAGAGAUUACAAGAAGCAGUGAAUGUGAAAAUGACAGAAAUUUUCUGCGAUGAGCUGACUGUGAGGUCACGUGAGUUCCAAUUUUCUUCUCAAAACAAAGAAGAUGCCGAUCAGGCGAAUUACACUGAAGCAAAAGGCAAAAAGAUCAUUGUAGAAACAGAAUGCUCUUCUAUAGAGAACCCCCAAAUGGACCUGUUUGUAGGGCAACAAAAAGGGGGAAACCCAAAUGUUGAUACUUUGAAGGUCAUAGAUAAAGUCAAAUCAGAGUUUAAAAGACAGUUGUUUGGUACCAAAAAGGAAGACCAGUUAGAAGUGUCUACCAGAGAAAAUGUCAAUAGAGAAUUUCUCCUUACAGUACCUCCUGAGAAAGCAGAUGUGAUUGUGGUGGAGGACAAAGACCUGCUUUCUGCUGAGUCACGAAAAGAAGAAUGGCAGAUUCUCAGAAAGACUUCCUUGGUGUGUCAGAAAGAGCAAGCAAACACACUUGAAACUGAAUAUACUCUAGGUGAAGCUGGAAGACCUCUCAUAAAACCCCAAAGCAAAAAGUCACAAUUCCAGGUUGAGAAAACUCUAGCUUUAGAAUCAGAACUCAGGUCUGAAAAGGAUAAGGAUAUUCAUUCUCUGGACAAGAAGAAAGCAUUAAGUAAGUCACCUUUGAGUAGGGAUGACCAUCAACAAAGUCCAGAAAGUCACAGCGUGGCAGGUGGUAGCAGAAUGAUGACAGACAAGGAAGCUGAUGGCAGUGAAUCUUCCCUGCCAUGCAGUACUGCUUCAGAAUUGCUUGAAGAGGCUACCCUGGAUACAUUAGCUGCACAAUUAGUAGAGGGUGGUAUCCUUCAUGAACAGACAGGCCAAAAGCUCUUGCUAAGUGAAGCAAUAGCCCGAGGCCUUGUGCCCAGUCACACUGCUGUGAAACUUAUGGGAAAGAUGAACAUGUUUCGGGGAUUCUUUGACUCUCAGACCUGCGAGUCUUUGACAACUGAAGAAGUCAUUGAUGAAGGUCUGAUGGAUGAGAAGUUGUUGCACAAUGUCCUCAUGGCAGACAAAGCUAUAAGUGGUGUCUUAGACCCUCGUACCCACACACUGUGCUCUGUGAGGGAAGCAGUUGCCAUUGGACUUCUUGACACACAAACAGCCACCAGAAUUUUAGAGGGACAGGUGGUGACUGGUGGAAUCGUUGACCUGAAACGAGGCAAAAAGGUUUCAGUAACUUUAGCCUCAAAUCUUGGCUUGGUGGACAGUGCUGACCAGCCAGAGCUUAUAAAUCUGGAGAAAGCUUCCAAAGGCAGAGAUGCUGAAAACACGGUUAGGGAGAGAUUAAUUAGCUUACAAAUGGAAACAACUGGAAUUAUGGACCCUGACAGCAAAGCCCCUUUAACAGUCGUGCAGUCCAUUGACAGAGGACUUUUGGAGAGAGAUGAGGCCAUUCAGUUGUUGACAAAGCAGGUGGUAGACGGAGGUAUCAUUCACCAUAUAUCUGGAAUGAGACUUUCUGUUGAUAAUGCCUUGAACCAUGGCAUCAUUGAUGAAGACUUAGCCAAGGAACUCAGAAAAGUUGAGACCUUAAGCCUCUGUCAGUUCUCUCAUCCUGAAACAAAGAAAACUAUUUCCCUCUCUGAAGCCAUGAAAUUAGAUCUUGUAACCCCGGACUUGAAGAGAGAAAUCCAAGAAAUUCAGGCCUUCACUGGAAGCUUUGUAGAUCUCAUUUCUGGCCAGCAGUUGACCCUGGCAGAAGCUGAAAAGGAAGGACGAUUAACUAAUAAAGCAACACUGUCUUCAGAAAUGAUGAAUGGGAUUAUAGAUCCUGAGAGUUACAGAGUUGUUCCCUAUUCAGAAUUAGUAAAAAAGUGUAAAAUUGAUAUUGAAUCUGGACAGAGAUAUCUAGAAGUAAUUCCCUUUUCAGACAUUAAAGAUGGAGCGAAUGACAAAGUACUUACAUUGUCUCAAGCAAUUAAGCUUGGAAAAGUAGACUUUGCAGCUACACUGAAGGUUCUGGAAGCCCAGGCAAAUGCUGGGGGAAUCAUAGACCCUGCCACAGGAAAAAGAUUGACAUUGGCAUCAGCUCUGGAACAGAAAUUAGUAGAUGAAAACAUGGUCAGAAUUAUUGCAUCUCAUCAGGUGUUGGAUGGAGGAAUUAUUGACAUAUUCAGUAAUCAGAGAGUGACUUUAAAGGAAGCUAUUGAGAAAAGACUCAUCAGUCCUGAACUGGCAACUAUAAUCCAAGUAGAUACAUUUAAGUCCAGUGAUCACCAGGCUCAUGUUGAAAAGCAAGAUGGAAUUGAAGUAUGUGAAAUAAAGAAGCAAUUUCUAGGAAAGGAAAUGUUAAUUGCUCAUAGUCAGCCCACUGAAAUGAAUUGUGGUAACGGAGAUAGUGAGAAAUUAUUUCAAAUUGAAAACCAAUCUGCACAAAAAAGCAUUAAAGUGAGAGUUUCUAAUGGGGAGGAGGCAAAAAAGAGCAGGGAAAUUUCAUUAAAGGUAUUGGAAUGCGAUGACCAAAAUAAGAGGUCUUCUCCAGAUGCUAAGGAAUCUUUGAGUGUUAUAAUUCCUAGUGAUGGUAAAGGUAAAUCACUGGGCCAAGAUUCGGAGACAUAUCUUCAAUCAGAAAUUUGUGAUUUUAACCCCAAAGAGGUGGCUUAUACAACCAUGGAAAAAAAUACAGAUGAAGAGCAAGAAAAAAUAGUACAAACAGAAAUUAUUUCUCAUAUGAAACAGUCUAUAUCAAGUCUAGAUUCUAAAGAAGUAAGGGAAAACCAAGGAGGAAUUAUUCCAGAAGUGCAAGAGUCGAAUCAUGAAACUUUAGAGAAAUUGCUAAGUCAGCAGGUUAUACAGAAACCAAUGAAAACCAUGGAGAAGGGUAAGAGAGGGAAGAAGAUUGUAGAAGAAAGAGUCAAGACCCACAGACCAGCAGUUCUUUCAGAAGAAAAGCUGAAUCAGGAAAUUGCCGUUAGUGGUGACCGUGACUCCAAUAUAGAGAAUCAAUGUAUGGAGAUAACUGCACGUGAAAAAGGGAAAGAAACUGACAGGGAUCUGGACUUUUCUGUUGUUGGUGAAACUGAAGACUCUUCUUCCCAAAUGACACCCAAAGGAAUUUCUGUAAGAAAUCAAGAUGCUUUAACCUUCUUCAACUCUAAUCUAGUCAGUGAAUCUCAAGAAAUUAUUGUUGGGAUCCAGAGUGAACUGCUGUCCUCUUUGACCCCAAGGUCUGAAGGAUUGCACGACCAGGAACCGGUGGGAGGAGUCCAAGUUGCAGACACAGCCCCAGUUUUCACAACAGACAAGUCUUUCCAAGGAACCACCCGACAGGAGACUGGUUAUCAUCAAGAUUCUUGUGUUGCCUUUAAGAUUAGGCAAACCAAAGAUUUGACUUUAUUACCUAAUGAAUAUAAAGAAAAAUCAUACCAAGAAGUACGUCUUGACUCAACAAGCACUGUUAAAUUGGAAGAAAUUAGAGUAGGCUCCAAAGAAGUCAAUUAUCUGGAGUUCUCGGACAGAAAGGACCUUCAUCCACAGGACAACAAGAGUGAUGGUGAACAUGGCAGAAUUCUUGAGUCUAAAAUAGUGACAACUCAGGAAAUACCUGGAGAGGAAUCUCUACAAAUGUCAAACCUUAUAGUUACAGGUGCAGAAGUAGGGUCCUUUGAAGGCAUAGUGACUCAGAGAGUUCCCAGAGUCUCGGUGUCCCUUCUCCCAGAGAAACUGUCCAGAGGGGUGUCUCAAAAAGAGAGUACAGGACAACAGGAUGCCACCAUUAGUCCUAUUCCAGACACCAGUGAAGAGGAGAUGGUGCCCCCAAUAUCGUGCCCCACAAUGAAGAUGGAUGAGAAGACACCACAGGAGAAGCUUAGAGAGAGCCCUGGCAGCGAACAAACCCCCCUGAUGACUGUACCAGGGGGAGCGAGUGUGAACCCGGAGCCCUUCAGAGCUACUAAAAAUGUAUUUACCCGGCAGCUCUGCCUAGAACAUGAUGAGAAGUUGGUAUCCUAUCUGUCUCUUUUACGGGACAUUGAAAUGAGGACCAAGCAGAUUCAACCUCUAGAGCUCAACCUGGCAGAGCUACAGGAUCUGCUGUGUCAGGCCAAGGUAUUAGACAAGGAGCUAAAGGAUCUGUCCACAGUGGUGAGUCAGGAAUUGGAGUGUGUGGAUCAGAUUAUCAUCAGCCAGCCUCAGGAGGUCCCAGCUCAACUGCUGAAGGCUCUAGAAAAAGACGCCAAGAAUCUUCAAAAGUCCCUCAGCUCUGUGAGUGACACCUGGGGUUCCAGACUGCUCCACCUCCAGAGUGCCUUGGAAGUACAGAAGACUAGAGUGUUAAAUCAGUAUGAACAGCUAGAAGGCAGACUUCAAGAUCUGAGAGCCUGGGUUGACAAUACCCAUGUUAUUCUGAACAAAAAGGAAUAUGACAGUGAAACAGAUGCUGACAGCCUGAAUCACUGCCUCCAACGGUGUGAGGACCUGAAACAGCCCGUGGCCGGGAGGAAACCUCAGCUGGACGCACUUGCCUUUGAUGUUCAGUUCUUCAUCUCUGAGCAUGCCCAGGACUUGUCUCCUCAGCAGAACCGGCAGAUGCUGAGGCUGCUGAAUGAACUGCAGAGGUCCUUCCAGGACCUUGUAGAAGAGACUACAGCUCAGGGGGAUGCCUUGCGGAACCGUCUUCAACAAAUGGAGCAGGCUGCCCAGGUCAAGACCCUACAGAAACAACAAAAUACCUGUCACCAGAAACUGGAGGAUCUUUGCAGCUGGGUAGGACAGGCAGAAAGAGCAUUGGCUGGCCAUCAAGGUAGAGCCACCCAGCAGGAUCUCUCUGCUUUGCAGAAGAACCAAAGCGACCUGAAGGAUUUACAGGACGACAUUCAGAAUCACGCCACCUCAUUUGCCAGUGUUGUCAAAGACACUGAAGGGUUCCUGGAAGAGAACCAGACUAAACUGAGCCCCGAUGAGUUGACAGCUCUCCGGGAGAAACUCCAUCAGGCUAAGGAGCAGUAUGAAGCUCUCCAGGAAAGGACAAAGCUGGCCCAGAAGGAGCUGGAGGAAGUGGUGACCUCAGCCUUACAGCAGGAGACUGAAAAGAGUAAAGCAGCAAAGGAACUGGCAGAGAACAGGAGGAAGAUCGAUGCUCUCUUGGACUGGGUGACCUCCGUGGGAUCAUCGGAAGGACAGAUGGAGCAGCUCUCAGGCAACCUGGAGAAAGGAGCCUUGGAUACCACCGAUGGUCACACUGGGCUGAAUGAAGCCCCAGAGAAGCUGGACAGGCAGUGUGAGAAGUUGAAGGCUCGUCACCAAGAAUUGCUGUCUCAGCAGCAGAAUUUCAUCCUGGCCACGCAGUCAGCCCAGGCCUUCCUGGACCAGCACGGCCACAGCCUCACACCCGAGGAACAACAGCUGCUGCAAGAGAAGCUCGGAGAGCUGAAGGAGCAGUAUGCGACUUCCCUGGCCCAGUCGGAGGCAGAACUAAAGCAGGUGCAAACACUGCGGGACGAGCUGCAAAAGUUUCUGCAGGACCAUCGAGAGUUUGAGAACUGGCUAGAACGGUCUGAGAAAGAGCUGGAGAGCAUGCAUCAGGGAGGCAGCAGCCCCGAGGCCCUUCCCGCCCUCCUGAAGCGGCAAGGGAGCUUCUCGGAGGAUGUCAUUUCCCACAAAGGAGACUUGAGAUUUGUGACUAUCUCAGGACAGAAGGUCUUGGACACAGAAAACAGCCUUGAGGAUGGCAGAGAACCAUCAGCAACUGGAACCUUAGUGAAGGACAAGCUGAAAGAUGCAACAGAAAGAUACAGUGCCCUCCAUUCAAAGUGUACACACCUGGGCGCUCACCUGAACAUGCUGCUCGGCCAGUAUCAGCAGUUUCAGAGCAGCGCCGACAGCCUGCAGGCCUGGAUGAAAGCUUGCGAGGCCAGUGUGAAGAAGCUCCUCUCAGAUACAGUUGCCUCUGACCCUGGGGUCCUGCAACAGCAGUUUGCAACCACAAAGCAGUUGCAGGAGGAAUUGGCUGAGCACCAAGUACCUGUAGAAAAACUCCAAAAAGUAGCUCACGACCUCAUGGAAAUUGGAGGGGAGCCAGCCCCAGACCGCAGACAUGUUCAAGAAACUACAGAUUCCAUACUCAGCCAUUUCCAACGCCUCUCCAGCAGCCUAGCGGAGCGCUCUGCUCUGCUGCAGAAGGCAAUUGCCCAGUCUCAGAGUGUCCAGGAAAGCCUGGACAGCUUGUUGCAGUCCAUCAGAGAAGUUGAAAAUAACCUGGAAGAGGAGCAGGUGGUGUCGCUGUCAUCAGGAGUCAUCCAAGAAGCCCUGGCCACUAACAUGAAAUUGAAGCAGGAUAUUGCUCGGCAGAAGAGCAGCUUGGAGGCCACCCGUGGCAUGGUGACCCGAUUCAUGGAGACAGCAGACAGCACCACGGCCACUGCGCUGCACGGCAAACUGGCUGAGGUGAACCAGCGCUUUGAACAGCUCUGUCUACAGCAGCAAGAAAAGGAGAGCUCCCUAAAGAAGCUUCUGCCCCAGGCAGAGAUGUUUGAACAUCUCUCUGAGAAGCUGCAGCAAUUCAUGGAAAACAAAAGUCGGCUGCUGGCCUCUGGGAAUCAGCCAGAUCAGGAUAUUGCACAUUUCUUCCAGCAGAUCCAGGAGCUCAGUUUGGAAAUGGAAGACCAACAGGAGAAUCUGGAUACUCUUGAGCACCUAGUCACUGACCUGAGCUCCUGUGGCUUUGCUCUGGACCUGUCCCAGCACCAAGACAGGGUGCAGAACCUCAAAAAGGACUUCACAGAGCUACAGAAGACAAUUAAAGAAAGAGAGGAAGAUGCGUCAUCUUGCCAGGAGCAAUUGGAUGAAUUCCGGAAGCUGGUUAGGACUUUCCAGAAAUGGCUGAAGGAAACUGAAGGGAAUAUUCCACCUGCAGAGACUUUCAUGAGUACUAAAGAGCUGGAAAAACAGAUUGAACACCUGAAGGGUCUUCUAGAUGACUGGACAAGUAAGGGGACUUUGGUAGAAGAAAUCAAUUGUAAAGGUACUUCUUUAGAAAAUCUCAUCAUGGAGAUCACAGCACCUGAUUCUCAAGCCAAGACCGGUGCCAUACUGCCCUCUGUAGGAAGCUCUGUAGGCAGUGUAAACGGAUACCACACCUGCAAAGAUCUGACGGAAAUCCAGUGUGACAUGUCAGAUGUAAACUUGAAAUAUGAGAAACUUGGGGGAGUGCUUCGGGAACAGCAGGAAAGCCUUCAGGCUGUCCUCAGCAGAAUGCAAGAAGUUCAGAAGGAGGCAAGUUCAGUGCUGCAGUGGCUGGAAUCAAAAGAGGAAGUCCUGAAAGGCUUGGAUGCCUCUUCAUCUCCAACCAAGACAGAGACAGUGAGAGCCCAGGCUGAGUCUAACAAGGCCUUCCUGGCUGAAUUGGAACAGAAUUCUCCGAAAGUCCAAAAUGUAAAGGAAGCCCUGGCUGGAUUACUGAUAACAUAUCCCAACUCACAAGAAGCAGAAAACUGGAAGAAAAUGCAAGAGGAGCUCAAUUCCCGAUGGGAAAGGGCCACUGAGGUGACAAUGGCUCGGCAAAGGCAGCUGGAGGAAUCUGCAAGUCAUCUAGCCUGCUUCCAGGCUGCAGAAUCCCAGCUCCGGCCCUGGCUGAUGGAGAAAGAGCUGAUGAUGGGGGUGCUGGGCCCCCUGUCUAUUGACCCCAACAUGCUGAACGCACAAAAGCAGCAGGUCCAGUUUAUGCUGAAGGAAUUUGAAGCACGCAGACAGCAGCAUGAGCAGCUGAACGAGGCGGCUCAGGGCAUCCUAACGGGCCCUGGAGAUGCCUCUGCUUCCACCAGCCAAGUGCAGAAGGAGCUCCAGAGCAUCAAUGAGAAGUGGAUUGAGCUGACUGACAAACUCAAUUCCCGUUCCAACCAAAUUGACCAAGCUGUUGUCAAGAGCACUCAGUACCAGGAGCUGCUGCAGGACUUAUCAGAGAAAGUAAAGGCAGUUGGGCAGCGACUGAGCGGCCAGUCGGCCAUCAGCACCCAACCCGAGGCUCUGAAGCAGCAGCUGGAGGAGACCAGUGAGAUUCGAUCCGACGUGGAGCAAUUAGACCAGGAGAUUAAGGAGGCGCAGACACUCUGCGAUGAGCUGUCAGCACUCAUUGGCGAGCAGUACCUCAAGGAUGAGCUGAAGAAGCGUUUGGAGACUGUUGCCCUGCCCCUCCAAGGUUUAGAAGACCUUGCAGCUGACCGCAUGAACAGACUCCAGGCAGCUCUUGCCAGCACCCAGCAAUUCCAGCAAAUGUUUGAUGAGCUGAGAACCUGGUUGGAUGACAGACAAAGCCAGCAAGCAAAAAACCGCCCAGUCUCUGCAAAGCUGGAGCAGCUACAGUCUCAGCUACAGGAGAAUGAAGAGUUUCAAAAGAGCCUUAACCAGCACAGUGGUUCCUAUGAGGUGAUUGUGGCAGAAGGAGAAUCUCUGCUGCUUUCUGUGCCUCCUGGAGAAGAGAAGAAGACUCUACAAAACCAGCUGGUAGAGCUCAAGAGCCACUGGGAAGAGCUUAGUAAAAAAACCGCAGACAGACAGUCCAGGCUCAAGGACUGUCUGCAGAAGGCUCAGAAAUACCAGUGGCAUGUGGAAGACCUGGUGCCAUGGAUAGAAGAUUGUAAGGCCAAGAUGUCUGACUUGCGGGUCACUCUGGAUCCCGUGCAGCUGGAGUCCCAUCUCCUCAGAUCAAAGGCUAUGCUGAGUGAGGUGGAGAAGCGCCGCUCCCUGUUGGAAAUCCUGAACAGUGCUGCUGACAUUCUGAUCAACUCUUCAGAAACAGAUGAGGAUGACAUCCGGGAUGAGAAGGCUGGUAUCAACCAGAACAUGGAUUCCAUCACAGAAGAGCUACAGGCCAAAACAGGGUCCCUUGAAGAAAUGACUCAGAGGCUCAAGGAGUUCCAGGAAAGUUUUAAGAAUAUUGAAAAGAAAGUCGAAGGGGCCAAACACCAGCUUGAGAUUUUUGAUGCCCUUGGCUCUCAAGCCUGCAGCAACAAGAACCUGGAGAAGCUGAGAGCCCAGCAGGAGGUGCUACAGACCCUGGAGCCCCAGGUGGACUACCUGCGGGACUUCACUCGGGGCCUGGUGGAGGAUGCUCCGGAUGGGUCUGAUGCUUCUCAGCUUCUCCAUCAAGCUGAGGUUGCCCAGCAGGAGUUCCUAGAGGUGAAGCAAAGAGUGAACAGUGGCUGCAUGGCCAUGGAGAACAAGCUAGAGGGGAUUGGCCAGUUUCACUGCCGCGUCCGAGAAAUGUUUUCUCAGCUGGCAGACCUGGACGAUGAGCUAGAUGGCAUGGGUGCUAUCGGCCGAGACACUGACAGCCUCCAGUCCCAGAUCGAGGAUGUGCGGCUAUUCCUUAACAAGAUCCAAGCCCUCAAGCUGGACAUUGAGGCCUCAGAAGCAGAGUGCCGACAAAUGCUGGAGGAAGAGGGGACUCUGGACCUGCUGGGUCUCAAGAGGGAGUUAGAAGCCCUGAGCAAACAGUGCAGCAAACUUACCGAGAGGAGCCGAGCUCGGCAGGAGCAGCUGGAGCUGACCCUGGGCCGCGUGGAGGACUUCUAUCAGAAGCUGAAAGCGCUCAAUGACAUGACCACAGCAGCAGAGGAGGGGGAGGCCCUCCAGUGGGUCGUGGGGACCGAGGUGGAUGUCAUCAACCAGCAAUUAGCAGAUUUUAAAAUGUUUCAGAAAGAACAGGUGGAUCCUCUUCAGAUGAAACUGCAACAGGUGAAUGGACUUGGCCAGGGCUUGAUUCAGAGUGCUGGAAAAAACUGUGAUGUACAGGGUUUGGAACAUGACAUGGAAGAGAUCAACGCUCGGUGGAACACACUAAAUAAAAAGGUUGCACAGAGAAUCGCACAACUGCAAGAGGCUUUGUUGCAUUGUGGGAAGUUCCAAGAUGCCUUGGAGCCAUUGCUCAGCUGGUUGGCAGACACUGAAGAGCUCAUAGCCAAUCAGAAGCCUCCAUCUGCUGAGUAUAAAGUGGUGAAAGCCCAGAUCCAAGAACAGAAGUUGCUCCAGAGGCUACUAGAUGAUCGAAAGGCCACAGUAGACAUGCUUCAAGCAGAAGGAGGCAGAAUAGCACAGUCAGCUGAGCUGGCUGAUAGAGAGAAGAUCACUGGACAGUUGGAGAGUCUUGAAAGUAGAUGGACUGGACUACUCAGCAAGGCAGCAGCCAGGCAGAAACAGCUGGAAGAUAUCCUGGUUCUGGCCAAACAAUUCCAUGAGACAGCUGAGCCUAUUUCUGACUUCUUAUCUGUCACAGAGAAAAAGCUCGCCAACUCAGAACCUGUUGGCACCCAGACUGCUAAAAUACAGCAGCAGAUCAUUCGGCACAAGGCUCUGGAGGAAGAAAUAGAAAGCCAUGCAACAGAUGUGCACCAGGCAGUCACAGUUGGGCAGUCCCUCUCCUCCCUGACAAGUCCCGCAGAGCAGGGUGUGCUGUCAGAAAGGCUAGACUCGUUGCAGGCCCGAUUCAGUGAGAUUCAAGACCGGUGCUGUCGGAAAGCAGCCCUGCUUGAACAAGCACUGUCUAACGCUAGGCUCUUCGGGGAGGAUGAGGUGGAGGUGCUCAACUGGCUGGCCGAGGUUGAGGACAAGCUCAGUUCAGUGUUCGUAAAGGAUUACAGACAGGAUGUCCUGGAGAAGCAGCAUGCUGACCACCUGGCUUUAAAUGAAGAAAUUGUUAAUAGAAAGAAGAAUGUAGAUCAAGCUAUUAAAAACGGUCAGGCUCUUCUAAAACAAACCACAGGUGAAGAGGUAUUGCUCAUUCAAGAGAAGCUGGAUGGCAUCAAGACUCGCUAUGCAGACAUCACAGUCACCAGCUCCAAGGCCCUCAGAACCUUAGAGCAAGCCCGGCAGCUGGCCACCAAGUUCCAGUCUACAUAUGAGGAACUGAGCGGCUGGCUGAGGGAGGCAGAGGAGGAGCUAGCAGCCAGCGGAGGACAGUCCCCCACAGGGGAACAAAUACCCCGGUUUCAGCAGAGACAGAAGGAACUAAAGAAGGAGGUCAUGGAGCACAGGCUGAUGUUGGACACAGUGAAUGAGGUGAGCCGUGCUCUCUUAGAGCUGGUGCCCUGGAGAGCCAGAGAAGGGCUGGAUAAACUUGUGUCCGACGCCAACGAGCAGUACAAGCUGGUCAGUGACACUGUUGGACAAAGGGUGGAUGAAAUUGAUGCUGCUAUUCAGAGAUCACAACAGUAUGAGCAAGCUGCUGAUGCAGAGCUAGCUUGGGUUGCUGAAACAAAACGGAAACUGAUGGCCCUGGGUCCAAUUCGCCUGGAACAGGACCAGACCACAGCUCAGCUGCAGGUGCAGAAGGCUUUCUCCAUUGACAUCAUUCGACACAAAGAUUCCAUGGAUGAACUCUUCAGUCAUCGUGGUGAAAUCUUUGGCACAUGUGGGGAGGAGCAAAAAGCCAUACUACAGGAAAAGACAGAGUCUCUGAUACAGCAAUACGAAGCCAUUAGUCUGCUCAAUUCAGAGCGUUACGCACGCCUAGAGCGGGCACAGGUCUUGGUGAACCAAUUUUGGGAAACUUAUGAGGAGCUCAGCCCCUGGAUUGAGGAGACUCGGGCACUCAUAGCACAGUUACCUCCUCCGGCUAUUGAUCAUGAGCAGCUCAGACAGCAGCAAGAGGAAAUGAGGCAACUGAGGGAAUCCAUUGCUGAACACAAACCUCAUAUUGAUAAACUGCUAAAGAUAGGCCCUCAACUAAAGGAGCUAAACCCUGAAGAGGGGGAAAUGGUGGAAGAAAAAUACCAGAAAGCAGAAAACACAUAUGCCCAAAUAAAAGAGGAGGUGCGCCAGCGGGCCCUGGCUCUGGACGAGGCUAUUUCCCAGUCGGCUCAGUUCCAUGAUAAAAUUGAGCCCAUGUUGGAAACUCUGGAGAAUCUUUCCUCUCGCCUGCGAAUGCCACCGCUGAUUCCUGCCGAAGUGGACAAGAUCAGAGAGUGCAUCAGCGACAACAAGAGUGCCACUGUGGAGCUGGAAAAACUGCAGCCAUCCUUCGAGGCCCUGAAGCGCCGUGGAGAAGAACUCAUUGGGCGAUCUCAAGGAGCUGACAAGGAUCUGGCUGCAAAAGAAAUCCAGGACAAAUUGGAUCAGAUGGUAUUCUUCUGGGAGGACAUCAAAGCUCGGGCGGAAGAGCGAGAAAUUAAAUUCCUUGAUGUCCUUGAGCUAGCAGAGAAGUUCUGGUAUGACAUGGCAGCCCUCCUCACCACCAUCAAAGAUACCCAGGACAUCGUACAUGACUUGGAAAGCCCUGGCAUUGACCCAUCCAUCAUCAAGCAACAGGUUGAAGCUGCCGAGACUAUUAAGGAAGAGACAGAUGGUCUGCAUGAGGAAUUGGAGUUUAUUCGAAUCCUUGGAGCAGAUUUGAUUUUUGCCUGUGGAGAAACUGAGAAGCCGGAAGUGAAGAAGAGCAUUGAUGAGAUGAACAAUGCCUGGGAGAACUUAAACAGAACAUGGAGAGAGAGGCUGGAAAAGCUUGAGGAUGCCAUGCAAGCCGCUGUGCAGUACCAGGACACUCUCCAGGCUAUGUUUGACUGGCUAGAUAACACUGUGAUUAAACUCUGCACAAUGCCCCCUGUCGGCACUGACCUCAACACUGUUAAAGAUCAGUUAAAUGAAAUGAAGGAGUUCAAAGUGGAAGUUUACCAACAGCAAAUUGAGAUGGAGAAGCUCAAUCACCAGGGUGAACUAAUGUUAAAGAAAGCUACUGACGAAACGGACAGAGAUAUUAUCCGAGAACCCCUGACAGAACUCAAACACCUCUGGGAGAACCUGGGUGAGAAAAUUGCUCACAGACAGCAUAAGCUGGAAGGUGCUCUCUUGGCCCUUGGCCAGUUCCAGCAUGCCUUAGAGGAACUAAUGAGCUGGCUGACUCACACUGAAGAGUUGCUGGAUGCCCAGAGACCAGUAAGUGGAGACCCAAAAGUCAUUGAAGUUGAGCUCGCAAAGCACCAUGUUCUAAAAAAUGACGUUCUGGCCCAUCAAGCCACAGUGGAAACAGUCAACAAAGCUGGCAAUGAGCUUCUUGAGUCUAGUGCUGGAGACGAUGCCAGCAGCUUAAGGAGCCGUUUGGAAACCAUGAACCAAUGCUGGGAGUCGGUGUUACAGAAGACAGAGGAGCGGGAGCAGCAGCUUCAGUCGACACUGCAGCAGGCCCAGGGUUUCCACAGUGAAAUUGAAGAUUUCCUCUUGGAACUGACUAGAAUGGAGACCCAACUUUCUGCAUCGAAGCCCACAGGAGGACUUCCUGAAACAGCUAGGGAACAGCUUGAUACACACAUGGAACUCUAUUCCCAGCUCAAAGCCAAGGAAGAGACUUACAAUCAGCUGCUUGACAAGGGUAGGCUAAUGCUUCUCAGCCGUGAUGACUCGGGAUCCGGUUCAAAGACAGAACAGAGCGUAGCACUCUUGGAACAAAAGUGGCAUGUGGUCAGCAGUAAGAUGGAAGAAAGAAAGUCAAAGCUGGAAGAGGCCCUCAACCUGGCAACAGAAUUCCAGAAUUCCCUGCAAGAAUUUAUCAACUGGCUCACUCUAGCAGAGCAGAGUUUAAACAUCGCUUCUCCUCCCAGCCUGAUUCUAAACACCGUCCUUUCCCAGAUAGAGGAGCAUAAGGUGUUUGCUAAUGAAGUAAAUGCUCAUCGAGACCAGAUCAUUGAGCUGGAUCAAACCGGCAAUCAGUUAAAGUUCCUUAGCCAAAAACAGGACGUUGUUUUGAUCAAAAAUUUGCUGGUUAGCGUCCAGUCUCGAUGGGAGAAAGUUGUCCAGCGAUCUAUUGAAAGAGGGCGAUCGCUGGAUGAUGCCAGAAAGCGGGCAAAACAAUUCCAUGAAGCUUGGAAAAAGCUGAUUGAUUGGCUGGAAGAUGCGGAAAGUCACCUGGACUCAGAACUGGAGAUAUCCAAUGACCCAGACAAAAUUAAACUUCAGCUCUCCAAACAUAAGGAGUUCCAGAAGACUCUUGGUGGCAAACAGCCUGUAUACGACACUACAGUUAGAACAGGCAGAGCCCUGAAAGAGAAGACGCUGCUCCCUGGUGACACUCAGAGGUUGGACGACUCACUGGGGGAGGUCAGAGACAGAUGGGACACUGUCUGUGGCAAGUCCGUGGAGAGGCAGCACAAGCUGGAGGAGGCCCUGCUGUUUUCCGGCCAAUUCAUGGAUGCCCUGCAGGCCUUGGUUGACUGGCUGUACAAGGUGGAGCCACAGCUGGCUGAGGACCAGCCUGUCCACGGAGACCUGGACCUCGUUAUGAACCUCAUGGAUGCCCACAAGGUUUUCCAGAAGGAACUGGGAAAGCGAACAGGAACCGUUCAGGUCCUGAAGCGAUCAGGCCGGGAACUGAUAGAAAAUAGUCGAGAUGACACCACUUGGGUGAAGGGGCAGCUCCAGGAGCUGAGCACUCGCUGGGACACCGUGUGCAAACUCUCCGUCUGCAAACAGAGCCGGCUGGAGCAGGCCUUGAAGCAGGCAGAAGAGUUUCGGGACACAAUCCACAUGCUUCUGGAGUGGCUUUCUGAAGCUGAGCAGACGCUACGCUUUCGGGGAGCACUUCCCGAUGACACGGAAGCUCUGCAGUCUCUCAUUGACACUCACAAGGAAUUCAUGAAGAAAGUGGAAGAAAAGCGAGUGGAUGUUAACACAGCAGUGGCCAUGGGAGAAGUCAUCCUGGCAGUCUGCCAUCCUGACUGCAUCACCACCAUCAAGCACUGGAUCACCAUCAUCCGGGCACGCUUUGAGGAGGUCCUGACGUGGGCUAAGCAGCACCAGCAGCGCCUCGAAGCUGCCCUUUCGGAACUGGUGGCGAACGCCGAGCUCUUAGAAGAACUUCUGGCAUGGAUCCAGUGGGCCGAGACCACCCUCAUUCAACGGGAUCAGGAUCCGAUCCCUCAGAACAUCGACCGAGUGAAAGCCCUUAUUGCUGAGCACCAGACGUUUAUGGAGGAGAUGACUCGCAAGCAGCCUGAUGUGGACCGGGUCACCAAGACGUACAAGAGGAAGAUCCUAGAGCCAGCCCACGCGCCUUUCAUGGAGAAGUCCCGCGGCGGCGGCAGGAAGUCCUUGAGUCAGCCUGCGCCUCCUCCCAUGCCAAUCCUCUCACAGUCUGAAGCAAAAAAUCCACGGAUCAACCAGCUCUCUGGGCGCUGGCAGCAGGUGUGGCUGUUGGCGCUGGAGCGGCAGCGGAAGCUGAAUGACGCUUUGGACCGGCUGGAGGAGUUGAAGGAAUUUGCCAACUUUGACUUCGAUGUCUGGAGGAAAAAGUAUAUGCGUUGGAUGAAUCACAAAAAGUCUCGGGUGAUGGAUUUCUUCCGGCGAAUUGACAAGGACCAGGAUGGGAAGAUAACCCGUCAGGAGUUUAUCGAUGGCAUUCUAGCAUCCAAGUUCCCUACUACCAAGUUAGAGAUGACUGCUGUUGCUGACAUUUUUGACCGAGAUGGGGAUGGUUAUAUUGAUUACUAUGAAUUCGUGGCUGCUCUCCAUCCCAACAAGGAUGCUUAUCGACCAACAACUGAUGCAGAUAAAAUUGAAGACGAGGUCACAAGACAAGUGGCUCAGUGCAAAUGUGCUAAAAGGUUUCAGGUGGAGCAGAUUGGAGAGAAUAAAUACCGGUUCUUCCUCGGCAAUCAGUUCGGGGACUCCCAGCAGCUGCGGCUGGUCCGCAUCCUGCGCAGCACCGUGAUGGUCCGUGUCGGCGGAGGGUGGAUGGCCCUGGAUGAGUUUCUCGUGAAAAACGACCCCUGCCGAGCACGAGGUAGAACGAACAUCGAACUUAGAGAGAAAUUCAUCCUCCCUGAGGGGGCAUCGCAGGGCAUGACGCCCUUCCGGUCCCGGGGUCGAAGGUCCAAACCGUCUUCCCGCGCAGCCUCCCCUACCCGCUCCAGCUCAAGUGCCAGUCAGAGUAACCACAGCUGCACGUCCAUGCCGUCUUCUCCAGCCACCCCGGCCAGCGGCACCAAGACUCCACUUCAGUUCUCUCGCUGUUAUGACAAACCCUGGUUGGUAAACAGUAAAGCUGGCACCCCUGUCAGGGACAGCCACUAUCCUGACCUCCAGCUGCCCAGCCCCGAGGUUAUUCCAUCAACAGGCAGCAAGCUGAAACGACCCACACCCACCUUUCAUUCAAGUCGAACAUCGCUUGCUGGCGAUACUAGCAAUAGUUCUUCCCCAGCGUCCACGGGUGCCAAAGCAAAUCGGGCAGACCCUAAAAAGUCAGCCAGUCGCCCUGGGAGUCGAGCUGGGAGUCGGGCCGGGAGUCGAGCCAGCAGCCGUCGAGGAAGCGAUGCUUCUGACUUUGACCUUUUAGAGACACAGUCUGCGUGUUCAGACACUUCGGAGAGCAGUGCCGCAGGGGGCCAGGGCAGCUCCAGGAGGGGGCUCAACAAGCCUUCCAAAAUCCCCACCAUGUCCAAGAAGACCACCACUGCCUCCCCCAGGACUCCGGGCCCUAAGCGAUAA